GGGGUUUUGUGGAGGCUUUAGAAAUCUCAUUAGUUUGAAAUCAUGAGUCAGUUGAAGCUAGACCAGCAUGGAAAACCUGUAAGCACUGGAUGGCCGUUUCAUCCUAGAAUGAGACUCCUCAGCAGCUUCUAUUUUUUAUUCAACCAAUUCAACUUUAUGAAAUAAAUAUUUUAUAAACAUACAUAUGAGUGAACAUGUAUACAAACAAUAUGCAUAUUAAAUAAUUUAUUCGGACCAGUUUUGUUUCUACUUUCUUUCUUUCUUUUUUUCUUAUGACCACGCACAACAAUUCCGUUUGCACACACACACACACACACAAACGCAAAAAUAGAUAAAUAUUCUGAAUCUUUCUAUACAUUUGCCCAUUUUAUUUUAUUUUACAUGUAGUCAAGUGUAAAUCUACACACACACACACACACACACACUCACACACAAACAUACAUACACUUUAAUAUAUGCACAUAAAUAGUAUUUCAAUAAUUUUAUUCAAAUUAUAGUCACUAUGUUGUAUAUUAACAAGUAAAUAUAUUCAAACCAAGAUUGUUUCUCCUUUUUACAAUAUUGUAAUGAUCAUAAAAUGAGUAGUUUAAAAGCAAUUAUAAAAAGUGUUGAUAUGCCUGAUGUAAUGCAACAAGAUGCUGUAGAUAUAUGUGCUAUGGCAAUUAAAAAAUAUUCAAUGGAAAAAGAUAUUGCAGCAUUUAUGAAAAAAGAAUUUGAUCGAAAAUAUUCACCUAGUUGGCAUUGUAUAGUUGGAUCACAUUUUGGCACGUAUAUUUCACAUGAAGCAAAACAUUUUAUUUAUUUCUUUUUGGAUAAUCAUGCUGUUGUAUUAUUCAGAACUGGAACAAUCAAUUGAAAAUCAAUAUAUGUAAACUAAUAAUCUUUUUAUUGGACAAUUCUAUCAAUCUAUUGUAUCCUAUUGAUAACAGUACAAAAUUUCCUAUUUUCUACAUACUGAUUAAAUCAUCUUAUGUAUUCUUUUAUAAAGACAAAUCUAACGAAUAAUCAACAACUCACUAUAUAUAUACAUAUAUAUAUAUACUUUAUUUGUCUUACACUUAUCGUCAUACUACUUACUUACUAACGCCUGUUACUCCCAAUGGAGCGUAGGUCUUCGACCAGCUCCCGUGAUAUAUUUAUUUCAUGUAAUCAAUAUUUUACAAGAAAUUCAUAUUUUCUAUCAAAAUGACUAUUUUUUUUUCUUUGAGAAAAAAAACUCUUGUUCAGAAAAGAGCAUAUUUUAUUGUUGUUAAUCUUUAUAUUUGAUUAGAAAUAUGUUUGAAGUGUAUGAGAAUAAAAUGAUCUUUGUAUGAA